AUGGCCAGUCGCCCAAAUGGCCUUGACAUCACGUUCAAUUUUAUCGACGUCUCGCCCGUCAAGCUGCCCGAGGGCAGCUCCGACCUCUUCGGGAGUGACCUUACAAGUCUAUGCACCGGGUCAUCUAAUCUCUUUAUCGGCACAACUGAUGGCUUCGUUCAUAUCAUUUCUUCCGCUUUUCGCGUGGUACGAUCGUUCAAGGCUCACGAUGCAGGGGCGAUCAACCACAUGAAGCAGAUCAAGGGGACUUCUUUGCUCGUGACUGUUGCUGAGGAUCUGUUGAAUGAACCAGUUCUAAAAGUAUGGGCGUUGGACACUGAGAAGAAGGAUGGCGGCCCCCGCUGUUUGUCAACGGUGUCGAUUCAAAAUGCUAGGCGGCAGUUUCCGAUCUCAGCAUUCGCCGUAGUAGACGACCUCUCACAAGUCGCAGUGGGCUUUGCGAACGGUUCAGUGACCAUCAUCCGCGGCGAUUUGAUCCACGACCGCGGCGCGCGACAACGGAUUGUAUUUGAAUCCGAGGAACCUAUCACCGGGCUGGAAACACAAGAGGGAGUGGUGACUGUGCUGUACAUUUCCACCACCAGCCGCAUUCUGACUCUGGUGAUCGCAGGGAGAGGACAAGGCCAGCCUGCGCGCGUCCUGGAGGACAGCGGAUGCGCUCUGGGCUGCAUGACCCUUAAUCAUGAAUCAGGCGAUAUUUUGAUUGCCCGUGAGGAUGCGAUUUACACAUAUGGACUGAGGGGGGCGCGGGCCAAGUUAUGCUUUCGAAAGCCCGAAAACAUCUAUCAAUGGCUUCCGCGACUAUGUGGCAUUGGUCUGUCCGCCCAAAGCGGGCUCAGCAAAGUCCAACUCCAUCAAAAAGUAUGGGAUCAAUCCGGGGAUGAGCUUUUCGGAACAACCACCUUUACUUUAUUGGACACUGAUCUCAAGUUCAUUGCUCACAACGAGACUCUCAUCUCUCCAAUGAAGCGAAUCUUCAUUGAGUGGGGGGAUCUCUUCGUUCUGACAACAGAUGGGAAGGUUUUCCGCUACAAAGAGAAAAGUCUCCAACAGCGACUAGAGAUUCUCUACGAUCGAAAUCUUUAUAUUCUGGCCAUAAACCUUGCCCAGAAGAUCGGCAUUGAUCCGCUUCAGCAGAAUGCGAUCUAUCGAAAGUACGGAGAUUUUCUGUACCAGCGUGGUGACUAUGACACCGCGAUGCAGCAGUAUCUCCGAGCGAUCGAUAACACCGAGCCUUCUCAGGUUAUCCGCAGAUACCUGGAUACCCAAAGAAUUCAUAACUUGAUUGAAUAUCUUGAAGAACUGCAUGAUCAUGGCCGCGCCACUGUUGAUCAUACAACGCUUCUGUUGAAUUGCUAUGCGAAGCUUAAGGAUACCAGCAAGCUAGAUUCAUUCAUCAAAGCUCCUGGCGAGCUCAAGUUUGACCUAGAAACCGCUAUUGCCAUGUGCCGACAAGGAGGUUAUUACGAGCAAGCUGCUUAUCUUGCCACCAAGCACGGCGAGAACGACAUGGUCGUGGAUAUUUUGAUCGAAGAUUCGAAAAAGUACGCUGAGGCGGUUGAGUAUAUUUGGCGUCUGAAGCCUGAAGUGACGUACCAUAAUCUCAUGAAGUAUGCUCGUGUCCUUCUUGCACAUUGCCCAAAGGAGACUACGGAGCUCUUCAAAAUGUACUACACUGGGAAAUACCAACCACGAAUAGAGGUUGAAGCACCGCCCGAGCCAGAGGUACAGCCUACCAGCACUGUCCAGAGUCUCGCAGGCAUGCUGCCAUUGCGCUAUGUAACUGGCGGUGGGUCCGAAAGCACAGAACAACCAGGACAUCUCAAUGAAGAAGCUGCUGCCGUUCCACAAGCACCCCCUUACACUAUACCCAAAGCGCGUACUGCGUUUUCAGCCUUUGUGGACCACCCACAAGAAUUCAUAGAUUUCCUCGAAACCCUCGUCCAGCAACCAGAUCUCAAGAAAGGGACCAAAAUUGACCUCUUCACGACGCUAUUUGAGAUGUACCUUGAUACGGCCAAGAGGCAGAAGGAUCCAGCAGAACGAUUGCAAUGGGAGGCUAAAGCGAGGAAACUAAUCGAAGGGAAGGAUAUUCCUAUAUCCACAUCGAAUGUUCUUCUUCUGUCAGAUCUUUCCAACUUCCGUGAAGGAUCCACCCUUGUUCGAGAACAGGAAGGUUUACACCUCGACAUCUUCCGGUCAUUCACGUCCGCCAAGGACACGCAAGGUGCCAUUAAAGCUUUGCGACGCUAUGGACCCGACGAGCCACAGCUGUAUGUGGAUGCAUUAACCUAUUUUGCAUCAAGCCCACAGAUUCUUGAAGAGGCAGGUGACGAAUUGGAUGUUGUGCUGCGACGGAUUGACGAAGAUGGUCUGUUGUCACCCCUUCAAGUCAUUCAAGCACUCAGCAACAAUGCAGUUGUCACAAUGGGUCGGGUCAAGAAAUACCUCAGCGAAAACAUUGAGCGGGAACGGAAAGAAAUUGCAACGAACCGUCGCCUCAUCUCAAGCUACAAAUCAGAGACAGCUGCAAAGCAGCAAGAGCUCGAGAGCCUUGCAUCGCAACCAGUUGUCUUCCAGUCUCGCCGGUGUCAAUCCUGCGGUGGAACCCUUGAUCUGCCUACAGUACACUUCUUGUGCAAACAUUCGUUCCAUGAGCGUUGCUUAAACCGGGUUGAUGACGAUGCCGUCUGUCCUGUUUGCGCUCCUACGAAUUCUACCCUUCGAGCGAUCCGCCAACGCCAAGUGGAAUCUGCUGACCAGCAUGAUCUCUUCAAAUCGGAAUUGCAGCGCGCACGAGACCGAUUUGGUGUUGUAAGCGAUUUUUUCGGGCGAGGUGUGAUGAGGUCACAGAGUACCUUAGAUGGGUGA